GCUACAUUCCAUCAUCGCAAUCAAUCUCAGUUCGAUUAGCAUUUCCAGAUCUAAAUUAAGUUUUCAGCGCUUGCUUUGAAUUCCAAACCCAACGGCGAUGGCGACUGAAGAACCAAUUGUUGCGACGGAGCCCACUGCACCGGAAGUCGUUACGACUGACGCUGCCCCACAGGAGGAGAAACCUGAGGUCCCGGCAGCUGAAGAAAAACCAAAGAAAGCAAAGAAACCAUAUGCAAACCGAAAACCUAGAAGUCCUGCUCUUCAUCCAACAUACUUCGAGAUGAUUAAGGAUGCCAUUGUUACGCUGAAGGAGAGGACUGGUUCCAGCCAGUAUGCGAUCACUAAGUUCAUCGAGGGGAAACAAAAGAAUCUUCCGGCGAAUUUUAAGAAGCUUUUAUACACCCAAUUGAAGAAAUUCGUUGCUGCUGGUAAACUAGUGAAGGUCAAGGCUUCCUACAAGCUACCGGCAAAAGCUACGGCAACAGGUGCUCCGGCGAAGAAGAAACCUGCAACAAAGGCAAAGACAGCUGCGAAAAAAGCGCCCGCUAAGAAGAAGGCCGCUGCCAAGCCCAAGGCAGCUCCAAAGGCAAAAACAGCAGCGAAACCGAAGAAAGCUGCUAAGGCUAAGCCCGCUGCGAAAGCCAAACCCGCUGCUAAACCCAAGACAGCGGCUCCCAAAGCCGCAGCGAAGCCAGCAGCACCAAAAGCCGCCGCCAAGCCCGCUGCAAAGCCAAAAGCCGUAGCUGCCAAGGCGAAACCGAAGCCCAAGACUGUUGCCAAACCGGCUAAAGUAGCAAAGACAGCAGCUAAAUCGAUCCCAGGGAAAAAAGCCGCUGCCGCUCCAAAGCCUGCGUCGAAGAAGGCACCGGUGAAGAAGGCGUCCGCGAAGAGCUUGAAACCCAAACCAGCAAUAGCGAAGAAAAUUUCCUUAGCAUGUCAAUUAAUCAAUCCAUGUUUGCUUUACGAUCUCCCAUAUACCCCUGAUUCUGAUAUCAAGUUUGGUGAAGAUUGUCUUUGGUGGUGGAAAGGGAAAGAUUCAAGGAUGAUUGAUAUAUUGGGGGUGGACAUCUUUUCUUUAGGCAUCACCUGUGAUCUGUAUCAUGAAGAUGACUGUUCACCUUGCAAUCGACAUCCAUGUUUCUUUUAGUUGGUACCAUUGUUCGCCAGCUUAGCUUGGCCUCCACUCCGAUCAUCGAUGCAGAACCCCGACCUCUUGUACAACACAUCAAGGCAACGAUGUCACAUAAAGUUUUCCUCAACCCGACACAGUUACAUAAACGCAUAAUGAAAUUAUAACAAUAUGAAUGUAUGUGAAUGUGUGUCGAAGAGUAACCAACAAAUACAAUUUUGAUAGCUCGAGGAUCUAAUUUGCUGUGAUUAUGUCCGUGAAUAUGGAUAAAGGCUUGGCAGCCAAAUGUUUUUAGCGGAAGCGAAGCUCAAUUAGUUUACUCGUUUAACAUAUACAAUGUCGAUUUCUUUGUUAAUUU